AUGGCACGGACGAUUAGGUCGGGGACGGCGGCGCACAACACCCUGUCUGUCAUCCACUGUUUCCUCAUUAUGUGCCUCGUAGACAAGGGACCGCACGAGCUGCGGAUGUAUGGGACGCCCGACGAUGGAUUCCUUGACGGCGUGGACAUCUGGCAUGCUGGGAAGCCGAGCGCCCGCGAGGACUCCGAGCCGCCCGGGGCCGUUUGCGGCGACAGGCCGUUGAACGGGUAUUACAUUGAGCGGGAGACGAAGAGCCAUGAUGAUGUGGAUGGUGCCGAGGUAGCGAGGUUCGGAAAGACGUUGGUCCGGCUGCAAAAGAAGUAG